CAGAUCAUGCGGGGCGUGUCCGGGCGCUUCGACCCGUGCACGAGCACGGCGAUCAUGGGCGCGUCGGGCGCGGGCAAGACGACGCUCAUGAACCUCGUCGUGGGCAAGGUCAAGAAGACCAAGGGCACGAUCCGCGUCAACGGCGAGGUCGUCGAGAGCCUCCAGCGCUGGAAGAGCCGCCUGGGCUUCGUGCCCCAGGAGGACAUCAUGCACCGGCGGCUCACGGUGCUCCAGAACAUCGCGUUCUCCGCGUCGCUGCGGCUGCCGACGACCAUGUCCGAGGAGGACAAGGCGUUGCGCGUGCGCGACGCGCUGAAGGUGCUGCGCCUCGACCAGGUGCGCCACAGCAUCAUCGGCGACGAGAUGCAGCGCGGCGUGUCCGGCGGCCAGCGGAAGCGCGUGAACGUCGCGAUCGAGAUCGUCGCGGACCCGUCCGUGCUCUUCCUCGACGAGCCCACGUCCGGGCUGGACAGCGUGUCGUCGACGGAGCUCGCGCGCAUGCUCGGGGACAUCGCGCGGCGGAAGCGGCUGACCAUCGCGGCCGUGGUCCACUCGCCGAGCCCCGCGGCGUUCGCGGCGUUCACGGAUCUCAUCCUGCUCCAGACGGGGGGCACGCCGGUCUACGUGGGCAAGCUGCCGGGCUGCGAGCCCUACCUGGCGUCCAUCGGCUUCACGUACCCGCGGGGCGAGAAGAACGGCGAGCCCUUCGCGGACUACAUGAUGGGCGUCGUCGCGGGCAUCGACCCGCGUGGAUGCCAAACCUUGACUUCAAUGUGA